GGGGGCUCGGGCUGGGGGCGCGGCCUGCGCCGGCCGCCCCACCCUCCUUGCAUAAAAGCCGGAGCCCGCGGGGCCGGCGCUCUCAGCCCGUCGGUUCCCGAGCGCCUUCCCGGUGACCCCGCAGUGGGUGUGUGAGGGGAGGACGGACAGACCCACCAGACGCCGCCGGACCAGGAGGACGCUGACGAGGCACCAUGCGUGAGAUCGUGCACAUCCAGGCGGGCCAGUGCGGCAACCAGAUCGGCGCCAAGUUUUGGGAGGUCAUCAGUGACGAACAUGGGAUUGACCCCACUGGCAGUUACCAUGGAGACAGUGAUUUGCAGCUGGAGAGAAUCAAUGUUUACUACAAUGAAGCCACUGGUAACAAAUAUGUUCCGCGGGCCAUCCUUGUGGAUCUGGAGCCAGGCACGAUGGAUUCGGUUAGGUCUGGACCAUUCGGCCAGAUCUUCAGACCAGACAAUUUCGUGUUUGGCCAGAGCGGAGCUGGGAAUAACUGGGCCAAGGGCCACUACACAGAGGGAGCCGAGCUGGUCGACUCGGUCCUGGACGUGGUGAGGAAGGAGUCAGAGAGCUGUGACUGUCUCCAGGGCUUCCAGCUGACCCACUCUCUGGGGGGCGGCACCGGGUCCGGGAUGGGCACCCUGCUCAUCAGCAAGAUCCGGGAAGAGUACCCAGACCGCAUCAUGAACACCUUCAGCGUCAUGCCCUCACCCAAGGUGUCAGACACGGUGGUGGAGCCCUACAACGCCACCCUCUCUGUCCACCAGCUGGUGGAAAACACAGAUGAAACCUACUGCAUUGAUAACGAGGCGCUGUACGACAUCUGCUUCCGCACCCUGAAGCUGACCACCCCCACCUACGGGGACCUCAACCACCUGGUGUCGGCCACCAUGAGCGGGGUCACCACCUGCCUGCGCUUCCCGGGCCAGCUGAACGCAGACCUGCGCAAGCUGGCGGUGAACAUGGUGCCCUUCCCGCGCCUGCACUUCUUCAUGCCCGGCUUCGCGCCCCUCACCAGCCGGGGCAGCCAGCAGUACCGCGCGCUCACGGUGCCCGAGCUCACCCAGCAGAUGUUCGACUCCAAGAACAUGAUGGCCGCCUGCGACCCGCGCCACGGCCGCUACCUGACGGUGGCUGCCAUCUUCCGCGGCCGCAUGUCCAUGAAGGAGGUGGACGAGCAGAUGCUCAACGUGCAGAACAAGAACAGCAGCUACUUCGUGGAGUGGAUCCCCAACAACGUGAAGACGGCCGUGUGCGACAUCCCGCCCCGCGGCCUGAAGAUGUCGGCCACCUUCAUCGGCAACAGCACGGCCAUCCAGGAGCUGUUCAAGCGCAUCUCGGAGCAGUUCACGGCCAUGUUCCGGCGCAAGGCCUUCCUGCACUGGUACACGGGCGAGGGCAUGGACGAGAUGGAGUUCACCGAGGCCGAGAGCAACAUGAACGACCUGGUGUCCGAGUACCAGCAGUACCAGGACGCCACGGCCGACGAACAGGGGGAGUUCGAGGAGGAGGAGGGCGAGGACGAGGCGUAGGUGCCCCGCGCGGCGGGUUAGGGAAAGCGGAGGAGCAAAGCGAGGGGGUGGGGGGCUUCCCGGGACGAUACCCUGGCAGUGGAAGGAAAGAAGCAUGGUCUACUUUAGGUGUGCGCUGGGUCUCUGGUGCUCUUCACUGUUGCCUGUCACUUUUUUUCCCUUUUUUGUAAUAUUGAUGACAUCAAUGUAACAUUUGAGAUAUUUCUGAAUUACUGUUGUAAUGGCUAAAAUCACAUAAACGUUUGUGUCGGAA